UUACGUGCAUCUACUUUCUUCUCUCCACAGCAUAAUUUACAAAAACCAAAAAAAAAAAGAAAAAAAAAAUCCUUUCCCGUUCUUUUACUCAACUCAGAAAGGCUGUUAAAACUCAUUUAAAUUCUGAUUUCUUGGAAAAUUUGAAAAUUUUCUUUCUCUUUAAUUAUUUCAAAUUUUGAUGCAGAGCAAUAAAUGCAAAAUAAAAUGACUUCUCUACAGAUUCUGAACCCUGUUUUCUCUUCCAUUUCCAUUUCCCAGUCAAAUUUUCCUGGAAAAUCUGAUUUCAGGAAGAAAAUUUUCAACUUUAAUAAAUUUAGAAGCUUCAAGUCUUUGCACAGCCAAAGAUCUAGAAUUUAUUGUUCUACUCAAGAAGGUGACAACAAAAGCAAUGGUAAAGAGCCUCCUGAGUCACUGUUUAUGAAGGAAUUGAAAAGGAGGGGGAUGACACCCACUUCAUUGCUUGAGGAUGCCAAACAAACCAAUUUUGGACUGGAUGAGGAGAUGAAAGUGGGGGAGGAAGCAGGAAGUUUCUCCAAAAGGAAUGCUGUCUCAACUGAAUAUGAGAAAAGCUUAUCUAAUCAAAGGGAGCGCUCCAUGGAGUUGAAUAGUGAAGGCCUUGAGGGGCUAGUACCGCGGGCUAAACUGUUGCUAAAACUUGGAGGAACUUUCUUCCUCAGCUUUUGGCCUUUGAUCCUUUCAACUAUAGCAUUCUUUUCUGCUCUCUACCUCUAUUUUGGACCAUCUUUCAUUCAUGAUGGAAGUGAGACUCCCGUUUCAUCACCGCAAUUCAUCGAUCCUUAUGCACUUCUGGAAGAUGAAAGGAUUUCUCAAACAGCCCCUGGUGUAAAUUGAAGGACAUACCAGAAAAUUUCUUAGACUUAAAUUACAGGUUUCUGUAGCAUAUUUCCUUCACCUACUGUAAUUCUUUCUUUCUAAAUCUUUUAUCAGCAGGAACUUCUCGCUCCAAUUGAAGGUUCGGUGUCUUUCAUACUGUUUUAUAGAUCCAAUUCCUUGCGAAAUUGGCUUUAAAAUAUAGAUGGUUAUAGACUUUUUAUUUGUUAGGAAAUUGAAU